AUGACGGCGAGUCCGAUUCAUCAAGACGCUAGCUCCAUGAGUGUAGAUGAUGAAAGUUCAGAUGAGUCGGUAGAAAACCGUUUCAAUCUUAUUUCUAGUAGUACCAGUGGAGAUAGCGAUGAUUCAGAAUCCGACAUAGGCUUAGCAAAUGGCGCAUCUAAAUCCCGGUGCCUUACUUCUUGUGUUAAAUCCGCCAGGAGGGUCUCUCGCCGCUCCAGUUCAUCAGAUGCCGAAGAUAAACAUCGUGGACGCAAAAAGCCCACUUCAAAAGACCUCAGAUUUACCUCUAAAAAAUUCUCAACUCCGCCAUGGACUAUUGGCGAUCUGGUGUGGGCCAGGCCAGGGCGCCCUGAUCGAUUGCCAUGGUGGCCAGCCAUCAUUGUGAAGCGGCCCAAGAAUCAAAGGAGGCCAUCUGGUAGAAAAGCAUGCUUGCAAGUCCAUCGCAAUGCCGAAACAGAACCCUCUAUUUUUCGAGUCAUUCUCCUUGGCCCUCCUCGACCUCGUUGCCUUCUUUCCGUGUCCCAAAAUCGGCUUCUCGAGUAUGCUGGGCGACACGCUUUCGAAGAAUAUCUACGAAAGAACAUCUUUAGAGCAUCAGACAAGAUCAAAGCUCUACGCCGAUUCGCUAUUCAGCCCAGCCUUCAGAGUAAUUGGUUACUGGCCCGUGAACUCGCUGAAUCACUCUUUCAUUGUCCCCGAACUAAUCGCUUGGCUCAUUUCCCUUGGUUUUUUGAUCGUACUUGGCGUAAUUUCGCUUCAGCACCUGUUGCUAAAUUUAGCAAACCCAGUGAUACUGAAGUCCUACUUAGAUCUAGGCGCACUCGAAGCUUUCGCUCAUCACCAAAGCCAAAAACUGGUAAGCAUAUUUAA